AUGAAAGAUUUUGGGGUGAAGACUUUAUCAGAAACUAUGGGCACAUUGAUUGAGUUAAGGUAUUUGGGAUUGAGAAACAAUUAUAAUCAAGAGGUCCCACACUCAUUUGGAGACUUGAAAAAGCUCGAGGUUCUCGAUGUAGCUCUAAACUUUAUGGUGGAGAUUCCAAUUAAUAUAUGGGAAAUCGGUAGCCUUCAUCAUAUCGGAGACUUGAAAAAGCUUGCGGUUCUCGAUGUAGCUCUAAACUUUAUGGUGGAGAUUCCAAUUAAUAUAUGGGAAAUCGGUAGCCUUCAUCAUAUCUACAUGUCUAAUGUGAUUUACCACGAACCUUUGAAAGUAGAUGUUGUUGGGUUACAAACCCAUCCCACAUCGGAUGAGUGA